UUUGCCGCUUCUCUUUGCGACCUGCCGUAAGAUGUGACCGGUCGCUGAGGAGAUGGGAACAAGCCUCCCCUUUACCAACAGCGCGAAUGUUAUUCGUUACUGGGCUCAACAUGAUGUGCAUGCAUUGCAGCAAGUGCAGAAGAGGUUCAUAAGGAGAUGAGAAACUUCAAUUAUGAAGAUUAAUUUUCCAAGCUAUGUCUGUUUUCCAUUGAGAGGAGAAAGCUAAGAGGAGAUCAUGAAGGGUCCAGACAGAAAAGACAGAUAUGGGACUGUAAGUAGUCCCCACUGUCUAAGUCUGGGAACCCAGCACUAGGAAUAGUCUUCACAAGAGACAUGGCAGAUCAUAGACUUCAGCUACACAGGAAACCAGUGGGAGGCUGUUGACCAGUAACAGACGAUGAUUUGUUUCCUUUUAGCAAAGUCACUUUUCCUGGGGCUCCAAUCAACGAGGGGACAUUGUAACAACCUGCCUUGAUGCCUGUAAUCCCAAUCCCCCGCCGGGUGCGUUCUUUCCAUGGCCCCCACACUACAUGCUUGCACUCGGCAUGCGGCCCCGUACGGACCACUCAUCUUGUCCGGACCAAGUACAACAACUUUGAUCUUUACUUGAAAUCGCGGUGGAUGUAUGGCUUUGUCCGCUUCCUGCUGUAUUUCAGUUGCAGUCUCUUUACAUCCAUGCUGUGGGUGGCACUGUCCAUCCUGUUCUGCAUCCAGUACUUCUCCAUUCGUGUUUCUCUGCGCUUUCAGUACAAGCUGUCCAUAGUGCUCCUGUUGCUGGGGCGCAGGCGUGUUGAUUUCAACACAAUCAAUGAACUCUUUAUCUAUGGGAUCCAUGUGACCAUGCUGCUAGUUGGAGGACUGGGCUGGUGUUUUAUGGUCUUUGUUGAUAUGUAAAUACGAGCGCAUGUGAAAAGAGAAAAGUUAUGAGCAUUAUGAUGUAAAAUAUAUUGUUUACAAUCCUGCAAAAA